AUGCCUCCCCUCCCUCUUGACGAGCGCAUAGUGGUCAUUCAGCGCCCUAAAAACAUAUCCCUGUGUGAGGCUUCCCCACAAACCAUCCCACAGCAUUCCUCUCAAAUAUCAACCUCCUCCAAUGGACAAGUCGCCCACCCUCCUCAUAUCCACCAUUCUCAGUCCCAUUUCUAUUCACCCUCCUGUAAACCUCUGACUCUGGAAUGCAAGCGCAGAUCCUCCCGCGUACUGAAAUUCAAGGGUGACCAGCCUAUUAUCCCAGCGGGCGUCAGACACAUCCCUAGCCACUGCCACAGCAAUGGCACAGUAACUCUCGGCCCACGGCUACCGUCCCACACACAUACUAUUGAUAUCAGGGUGAGUGUGGACAAAGGAGGACGGGGAGCAUACAGCAACUCAUUAGGACGUAACGGAAGUGUAAAAGGUGGCAGAGGGAAAUGCACUUCGUUACAGCUUGAUCAAGGACAAUGUGAGAGAAAAACUGGAACUGCAGGGAGGCCAGGUGGAGCCGAACAGAAGUCACAGCGAAGUCGCCAUAGUCAGCUGUCGACUUCCCCUGGAGGCAUUCUACAAUUUGUCCCCGCCCAGGCGCAGCAGCAUAAGUUCAGGGGAGAAAAGGAGAAGGAAAACACUAGUUUUCUUAACAGACACGACCAGGAAUUCCCCUCUUUGGGUCACAAGAAGAAUUCCAAACUGGGAACUGUCCAUCAAAGCCAUAAUAGUCACAAUCUGUCCUACCACCACAACUCUGUCCCUGUACCCCAUGCCGCCAUCCUAAACUCCAACUAUCCCUCAUCCCCUCCCCCCCAACCCACCCAUGUCCCAAUCUCAUUUCAGCAACUCAACCAGCCCCGCCCGUCCCGUAGCAGGGAUCACCGUCCUCACAUUCUCCAUGGUCUACCCCUUUCCCCCUGCUCCUCUCAUGCCGGAGGUUUCCCCAGCCCUGACCAUACCUGCACCAUCGACUGCACCCACCCACUCAGUUGUGGCUGUUGGAGGCUGGUAAGAUGCAGAGGGUAUAAGGGGCACUCAGCUGGCUGCCAAGGAGGUGGUGGAAGCUCUUCCACCUCAUUUUCCUGUGUUCACAAUGUCGGCGCUAUGAAGACAGGAGGCAAAGAAAUGGGUAUGAGAGACAUGGGUGGGUGUCUCUCCACCGCCUCCACCUCCAACACCUCCUCCUCCAACAGCACUGCUUCUGAUUGCCGAGCAACCCUGUUCAAACCCCUCCGCUGUGCCUCCUGCUCUGGUGAGGCUGGAAACUUUGAGAGUCCUGCUAUCCUUCGUAAGAAACUGGUUGGAGGAUGCCUGCCCUGUAACCCUCUGUGCUCUUCGGCCCCUCUCCGGGCAAUACAAAGCUGUGUCACAGGCUGCAACCCAAAAGCCUCUCAGACAGGCAGUUCCACCUGCAGCUACUGCAGCAGCGACCCCAUCGUGGUGACAUUCAACCCUCGCCGAGGCAAACCUCCAGGAAGGGGCAUGGGAGCACCUCAUUCAAUGGGUAUGUUCCCACCCGAUGAUGAUGACUACAGCGUGCGUACUAUCUGGCCUGAAGAAUUGGCAAAGAAGAUGACCCAUUCUAAAGCCCAAAAGAAUCACUGUGCCGGGAUGGGCAUAGGGGUCGGGAAGACUGGUGCAAGCCAGGUCCAAAAUGGCAGCAACGGAACAGGCCUUGUCCUCCUGGACUGUCAAAACCUCCAGGACUAUGCACAAUCUCAGCUAACGGACCACGCUGGUCGAAGACGGCUGCAGCAGGGUAAAAUGGCUGCGCUCGAUUUUAUGGGCUACAGGUCAGGAUCUGGGUAUGAUGAUGGCAGAAACUCCCUGAAAAGGCUUCUGAAUAAAGCCGAAGAUGCAGGAAUGGGGGACUCUCCUGAGCAUGAAAGAGAUACAGCAUAUCCUCGUUCCCCAUCUCCCCGUUCCAUCUCUCCACCAUCACCUGUGUCCUUUUCGCCUCCACCGUCCGCCCCUACCACACUCAUCAAACCCAAACCCUGGCAGAGAGACAGAGAGGGAGGGCAUUCUCUGCCGUCGGCUCAGUCGCUUCACCUGGCCCUGAACUCGCUGAACAGAGAGCAAGAUGAGGAGAAUAGCAGAAUGCACCUUUCACUGCCGCUCUCCUCAUCAUUGCCGGCCUCUCUAUCCGAUGAGACUGUGAUGACUCCCGAUGCAGAGAACGCUGUGGUCAGUCCCAUCCUGCCCUUCCUUUUUCUGGGGAACGAGAGAGACGCCGAGGACCUGGACCUGCUGCUACACCUCAACAUCGGUUACGUGGUCAACGUGACCACACACCUGCCCCUCUACCAUGUCAACUCUGGACUGCGCUACAAAAGGCUGCCAGCCACUGAUAACAGCAAGCAAAACCUUCGACAAUACUUUGAGGAGGUUUUUGAGUUCAUUGAGGAGGCAUAUCAGAGUGGACAGGGAGUGUUGGUGCACUGCCAGGCGGGCGUGUCCCGUUCCGCAACCAUUGUCAUCGCCUAUCUUAUGAAGCACACCCUCAUGACAAUGACAGAUGCCUACAAAUAUGUGCGAAGCCGCCGUCCCGUGGUGUCCCCGAAUCUAAACUUCAUGGGCCAGCUUUUGGAGUUUGAGAGGGACCUCAACUCUGGGGUGACUCCUCGUAUUCUGAUGCCUAAACUAAACGGUGUGGAAACGCAGGUGUGA